UCUCGCCGGAUGGGUGCUGUUUCCAUCCUAAUCAUAACCCUAAACGUAAGAUUUCGCGAGAGUUUGUCAGUCGCUGUAUCACUUUGCUUCUUCUAGCCUUAAACCUCUGGUGGAAGUCACUACGGUACUCAGAGUAGGUCAAUUAUUACCAUUAAUCAAACGCUUUUCACAACAUCUCUAGUUUAGCCGUUUAUAGCCAUAUCUGACAGUCCGUACGAAGGCAAACGUGUGCAGCAUUACGGACUAAAACAGCGUAAUUAAACAUGGGAUGUCUGACAGAUCUUCAUGAUCAACAGAAGAUCUUCUGAGAGAAGGAGAAGAACCAUUUUUUUAUCUUAUCAACUGCAAACUGAAGUAUGUCUUUAAAACCUUUAACAACCUUUAACAAAAAAAGAGGAGGGUAACACUUCUCCAAAAUGAGUGACCGUGAGGGGAUACAGGAGGGGGACAAAGAGGAUGAUGCUUAUCAGAGCCAGAUGAAUAGAGGAGCAUCUCCAGAACCCAGCUGUGUGUCAAUAAAGAGCGAGCAGUCCAUCAAAGACUUUCCUUCUGCAUUCAGCAAUGACCCCAGCAGGAAAAUACCCAGAGGAGCAUCUUCAGAACCCAGCUGUGUGUCAAUAAAGAGCGAGCAGUCCAUCAAAGACUUUCCUUCUGCAUUCAGCAAUGACCCCAGCAGGAAAAUACCCAGAGGAGCAUCUCCAGAACCCAGCUGUGUGUCAUUAAAGAGCGAGCAGUCCAUCAAAGACUUUCCUUCUGCAUUCAGCAAUGACCCCAGCAGGAAAAUACCCAGAGGAGCAUCUUCAGAACCCAGCUGUGUGUCAUUAAAGAGCGAGCAGUGCAUCAAAGACUUUCCUUCUGCAUUCAGCAAUGACCCCAGCAGGAAAAUACCCAGAGGAGCAUCUUCAGAACCCAGCUGUGUGUCAUUAAAGAGCGAGCAGUCCAUCAAAGACUUUCCUUCUGCAUUCAGCAAUGACCCCAGCAGGAAAAUACCCAGAGGAGCAUCUUCAGAACCCAGCUGUGUGUCAAUAAAGAGCGAGCAGUCCAUCAAAGACUUUCCUUCUGCAUUCAGCAAUGACCCCAGGAAAAUACCCAGAGGAGCAUCUCCAGAACCCAGCUGUGUGUCAAUAAAGAGCGAGCAGUCCAUCAAAGACUUUCCUUCUGCAUUCAGCAAUGACCCCAGCAGGAAAUUACCUACAAGAGCAUGUGCAGAACCCAGCUGUGUGUCAAUCAAGAGCGAACAUUCCAUCAAAGACUUUCCUUCUGCAUUUAGCGAUGGAACCGUGACUUCUGACCCCAGUGUCAUCAGCAGGAAAAGACCCAGAGGAGCAUCUCCAGAACCCAGCUAUGUGUCAAUGAAGAGCAACAGAUCUAUAAAGCAACCCCCCGAACUCACUGAUGAACCCAGCAGUCUGAAGAUGCUUUCCAGACAAAACAGUACUUACCCCUACUGUCAGACCCAGAACAAGACAGAAUCAGACUUGCUGGACGAGACUAAAGAACUGCAGAGAGUGAAAGACAUACACAAAACCAGCAUGAAGAACAAGUAUGAGAGUUUAUUUGAGGGAAUCAAAAUACAAGAGAAUCAAACCCUCCUUAAAAGCAUUUACACACAGCUGUACAUCAUAGAGGGAGAGAGUGAAGGAGUGAAUGAAGAACAUGAGGUUUUGCACAUGGAGAAAAAGCCCCGGGCACAACACUUACAGGACACUCCAAUCUACUGCAAUGACAUCUUUAAAGUCUUACCUGAAGCACAAUAUCAAGGAGAGAAAAUCAAGAGUGUUCUUACUAAAGGCAUCGCUGGAAUUGGAAAAACAGUCUCUGUGCAAAAGUUCAUUCUGGAUUGGGCCGAGGGAACGGCCAAUCGGGAUGUAGAUUUCUUGUUUGUGCUUCCGUUUCGAGAGCUCAACUUGAUCCAACAAGAUCGCUACAGUCUUCACAAACUUCUGCUGGACUUUCAUCCUGAACUUCAAGAUCUGAACUCAAAGAUGUAUGAUACGUGUAAAGUUGUGUUCAUCUUUGAUGGUCUAGAUGAAAGCAGAAUGAAGCUGAUGUUUUCAGAUGACAGUGAGAAAGUUUGUGAUUUGACUGAGACUUCAUCAGUGUCUGUGUUGAUGUCAAACCUCAUGAAAGGUGAUCUGCUUCCCUCUGCUCUCAUCUGGAUCACCUCCAGACCAGCAGCAGCCAAUCAGAUCCCCUCCAAAUACAUCCAGCGUGUGACAGAAAUCCAGGGAUUCAAUGACGCACAGAAGGAGGAAUAUUUCAGGAAGAGAAUCAGCGAUGAGCAUCAAGCCAGCAGAAUCAUCUCACACAUUAGAAGAGCGAGAAGCCUGCACAUCAUGUGUCACAUACCAGUCUUCUGUUGGAUCUCAUCCACUGUGCUUGAAAACAUCCUGAAACAAGACAACGAGAGAGCAGAAAUCCCUCAAACUCUGAGUGAAAUGUACAUCCACUUCCUACUGAUUCAGAUGAAGAUGAAGAAUCAGAAGUAUGAUCCAGAGAGAGAUCCAAAGAAACUCCUGCAGUUCAACAGAGCCUGCACUCAGAUCUUUAAGGAGGAAUCUGUCAUUCGUCAGAGGAAAAUCUACUGCUUCAUACAUCUCAGCUUUCAGGAGUUCCUCGCUGCAUUCUAUGCGUUCUACUGUGAUGUAAGAAAAAAACUUGACACAUUGCAGUUUGUUGAUUUGGUUUAUAGCUUUCUCAAAGGUGCAGUAGAUAAAGCUGUUGAGAGUGAAACUGGUCAUCUGGAUCUUUUCCUGCGAUUUCUGCUGGGGAUCUCACUGGAGUCCAAUCAGAGACUCUUACAGGAUCUACUGGCACACACGGUGAACACCUCAGAAACCAUGAAGGAAAUCACAGCACACAUCAAAGAUACAAUCAAAACCAUGAGUACUUCAGAGCAUAUCUCAGCUGAACGAUCCAUCAAUCUGUUUCUGUGUCUGCUUGAAGUGAAUGAUCAGACUCUGUACAGAGAGAUUGAGGAGUUUGUGAGAUCAGACAAACAGUCAGAGAAGAAACUCUCUGUUGCUCACUGUUCAGCAAUAGCCUACAUGCUUCAGGUGUCAGAGGAGGUGAUGGAUGAGUUUGAUCUGAAGAAAUACAACACAACAGAGGAGGGCAGAAGAAGACUCAUACCAGCUGUCAACAACUGCACAAGAGCUCUACUUACUGACUGUAAUCUCACGGUUGAGUCGUGUGAAAUCAUCGCUUCAGCUCUCCAAUCAUCAGACUCUCCUUUGAGAGAGCUAGAUUUGAGUAACAAUGACCUGCGGGAUUCAGGAGUGAAGCUGAUCUCUGAUGCUCUCAAGAGUCACGACUGUCAACUACACAUACUGAGGUUGUCAGGUUGUAUGGUGAGCGAUGGAGGAUGCUGUUAUUUGGCUUCAGCUCUGAGUUCAAACCCAUCACACCUGAGAGAGCUGGAUCUGAGCUACAAUCACCCAGAACACUCAGGAGUUCAGCUGCUCUCUCAGAGACUCAACGAUACAAACUACAAACUGGAGACACUCAAGUUGGAUUACGGCGGAGAGAGCAGACUAAUACCAGGACUUAAAAAAUACUACUGUUACCUCACUAUGGAUUCAAACACGGCACAUCAUCAUCUUGCUUUGUCUGAAGGAAAUCGUUUAGUGACUCAUGUGAAAGAGAAGCAGGUGUAUCCAGAUCAUCCAGACAGGUUUGAUGAAUAUUGUAAUGUUCUGAGUAGAGAGAGUCUGACUGGACGCUGUUACUGGGAGGUUGAAUGGAGCGGCGUGGCUUAUACAUCGAUGGUAUAUAAAUCUAUAAAGAGAAAAGGCGACAAUAAUGAUUGUUUUUUUGGAUACAAUGAAAAGGUUUGGACUCUUGUAUGCACAGAUAGCAGUUACUGUGCAAUACAUGCAAAAAGUAGCACAGAUAUACCUGCUCCGUUCCCAUCUCAUAGGGUAGGAGUGUAUGUGGACUGUCCCGCCGGAACUCUGUCCUUCUACAGUGUCUCUUACACAAACACUCUCACACACUUACACACAUUCAACUCAACAUUCACACAACCUCUACAUGCUGGAUUUGGGCUUCAUCCAGACUCAUCUGUGUGUUUUUGUUAGGUAGAUCUUGGUUUGGGCUCUUGGUGCUCUUCUUUAAUUAAUGUUAUUUCUCUGUCAGCAGUUGCAGUAGUGUUAAAUAAUGAAGGCUGCUGAUAGAGAAUGAUGGAUGUGUUUAUUUAAACUCGUGUGCAAUAAAGACAUGUUGUUAAUAGUUUAUAGAGAUGUUUGUUUGAGCAGAUGCAGCUCUCAUGAUGGAAAAAUGUACGUCAAAAUCUUUUUUCUGGCCAUCAAGACAAACACAUACAAACAUCAGCAGUGGCAACAAACAGUCAUGGAUGAGUUUAUGUACCCAGAAUGCAUUGCAGUAUGAAGCGUUUGAGUUGAUUGUCACCAUUGUUGAGAUUCAUACGCUUAUUCAUAAUGUCUCUGUCAGACACACAGCAGUUUAAAGUUUUUGCAUACAGUUUUUGCAUACCGGAAAGUAUUCACAGCGCUUCACAUUUUCCACAUUUUGUUACAUUACAGCCUUAUUCCAAAAUGUAUGAAAUGCAUUAUUUUCCUUAAAAUUCUACAAACAAUACCCCAUAAUGUCAACGUGAAAGAAGUUUGUUUGAAAUCUUUGCAAACAUAUAAAAAUAAAAACGAAACAAUUGACGUACAUAAGUAUUCCCAGCCUUUGCCUUGAUACUCAAAAUUGAGCUAAGAUGCUUCCUGUUUCCACUGAUCAUCCUUGAGAUGUUUCUACAACUUGAUUGGAAUCCACCUGUGGUAAAUUCAGUUGAUUGGACAUGAUUUUGAAAGGCACACACCUGUCUAUAUAAGGUCCUACAGUUAACAAUGCAUGCCAGGGCACAAACCAAGCCAAGAAGUCCAAGCCAUUGUCUGUAGACCUUCGAGAUCAGAUUAUAUCGAGGAGGCCUUUUUUCAUGCCCUGGAGCCGUGCGAGGCAUGUUUUAUACGCGCACUUUAUUUGACGUCUUUUGGACUGUUGAAAAAAAAAACAAAAAAAAACA